AUGCCCGAGGUAGCUGGAAAAGAAGUCGGUACCUGCUGGAACGGCGGUGAAAACUACGGCGCACUUGACUACAACAGUCUCGUCCUAGUAGAGCAAUAUCUGGAGAAAUACCCCGAAUAUGCCGACAAGAUAGUCCUGAACAUCAAGGGCGGCGUCAACCCCGACACUCACCAGAUAGAUGCUUCGGCGGAGAAUACGCGCCGCAGUCUAGAUAACUGCAUAGCGCAGCUGAAAGGUCGCAAGAAGAUUGAUAUGUUUGAAUUUGCCCGUCGAGACCCGGCUGUGCCUAUGCAGGAGACGUUCGAUUUGAUCGAGAAAGAGUAUGUUCAGACGGGCAAGAUAGAGGGGAUUGCUCUGUCGGAGGUGCGGGCUGAGACUAUCCAUGAAGCUGUCAAGUAUACCAAGGUACUUGCGGUGGAGGCUGAGAUUUCUUUGUUCACUACUGAUAUCCUGGAAAACGGCGUCGCAGCGGCGUGCGCCCAAUACGGGAUCCCGAUUAUUGCCUACUCGCCGAUCGGCAGAGGCAUGUUGACUGGUCAGUUCAAGAAGUUCGAUGAUCUUCCGCAAGAUUCGCUGUUGCGCUCUUUCGACUUUCCGCGAUUCCAGCGGGAGAACUUCGAGAAGAACAUGCAGCUGGUAGAGAAAGUGGAAGAUAUCGCUCAGAGGAAGGGUUCACUCUCUAGGCGCCCAGGGGUACCAACCAUUAUUCCUAUUCCAGGUGCCACAACUGCAGAGCGGGUGGAGGAGAACAGUAAGCUGAUCGAGAUCACGGAUGAAGAGAUGCAGGAGAUUGAUGAUAUAUUGGUCAAAUUCACCCCAGCUGGUGAACGAUACCCCAGGGCCAUUCCGGUCAAUACCUAG